ACCACCACCGGCCCUCCACGCCCCACCCCGUCCUCCACCUGCAUCUUUCUCUUUCCAGCCCAUGGCGUCCGCAGCCGCAGGCGCCUCGCGGCGCGCACGUCCGCCGGCGCACCUGCUCACGGCGCGCCUGCUCUGGCUGCCCGUCGUCGCCGUGCUGCUGCAGGACGCCGUCGGGCUGGCGCAGGUCACGGGCGCCAGCAUGGAACCAACGCUCAACGACGCCCCGUCACGCGCCAAGCACGGCAACGCCAUCGUCGUGCUCAACCGCUUCGCCGGACGCUGGGGCGGGCCUUCGCAGUGGAAGCGCGGCGACGUCGUUUCGCUCGUCUCACCAGUCGAGCCAGACCUCAUGCUCACCAAGCGUAUCCUCGCCCUGCCCGGCGACGUGCUGCGCAUUCGGCCCGACAGCACGACGCACGCCCUCGAGUCCUCCGCCUCGUCGCGCGCAAGCAAGCCGGGCCACUUGCGCAGUCUGAUCCGCAUCCCCGCCGGACACGCCUGGCUCGAAGGCGACGCUUCGGUUGCGGAGCAUGCGCGCGACAUGCAGCCUGGUGCACGACCGUGGCAAGGACUGAGCCAGAGCCGUGAUUCGCGCGAGUUCGGACCGAUCCCAAUCGGCCUCCUCCAAGCUCGCAUCGCCUUCGUCCUCUGGCCGCCUUCGCGCUUUGGCUUUCCGGCGCCGCGGGAGGAGGAGCGCUGGCGCGAACUGCCGCCGCGUCGUGCCGGCCCGCGCUAGACGUCCGUCAUGCACUUCAACCUCCUCAACACGGCACGCACGACAGCAUGCUCGUACGACUUCGGCUUAGACCUGCGCCUCUGCGGCACGCGCUAUCGCACCUCGUCAUCUUCGCAGAAUCAAGCUCGUGCAGCACCACGCCGCUU